AUGUGUGCCCCAUCCAAGUUUCCAGAAGCUUAUCCUGUAAGAAACAUAAGAGCAAAGACAGUUAUCCAUCACUUGACAAAAUUUUGUACUUUGUUUGGACUACCUCGAGUUAUCCAGACUGACAACGGUAACAAUUUUCGGUCUGCAGAGUUCAAACGAUUUUGUGAGAAGUACCAAAUAGAACAUCGCGUGUCCAGUGCUUAUCAUCCACAAAGUCAAGGUGCUUUGGAGAGAUUUCACCAAACUAUGAAGCAGAUGAUACGAACUGUUGGUGAAGACUCCAGACGUAAUUGGGAUGAAGACUUACCUUUUAUCUUGUUUGCAGCUCGAAAUGGUUUACAGCAUUCCUUGGGUUGUUCCCAGUUCCAAUUAGUUUUCGGACACAGAGUGAGAGGCCCAAUCCAGUUACUGAGUGAAAGGUUGUUGGGAAACGUCUCUCUCCCUGAUGGAAGUCGUCUGUUGAGUGAGAUCCAGUCGAAGUUGAAGAAGUACCAAGACGUGGCAAGCGAGCACCUGAAGAAGUCGCAGUUGAAGAUGAAACAACACCAUGACAAGAAGUUCAGGGUGAAGUUGAGAUGUUUUCAGCCAGGUGAUCUUGUUCUUGUUUUAAAGUCCAGAGUGGAAACUGCUUUAGCUCAUCAUUUUGAAGGUCCGUUUGAAGUUGUUUGCAGACGUUCUGAGUUAACUUAUAAAAUUAAAAGUCUGCAGGACCCUUCCAAGGUUUUGGUAGUGCACAUUAAGAAGGUUAAAAGCAUUUCAAGGCUCCAGGCCAGUGUCAUGUGUGGUACAGGACACAGUCACCCCUGA